UCGAUAGAGUGCUACUCGUAAUGUUUGGUGCGAUAUACUGCAAAGACCUGGUGUGUUUGACUAUGCAGGAGGAUAACGUUGCUUAGCUAGCUGGGUCACUUGCUAGAAAGCUACGCGAUAGCAUAGCUAACCUCAUUCUGCGAUACAACCUCGAGACAAGUCGGGACAAGACCAGUCUCAGGGCUCACCAUACUCAAUGAGCGGACAGCGCAAUGUCAGAGCGCUCUGGGCAAACUGCAAAGGGGAAGGAAGGCAAAACCAAGUAUGCGUCUCUCAACCUGUUUGAUACAUACAAAGGAAAGAGCCUUGAAACACAAAAGCCUGUUGUUCCCCCCCGCCAUGGCCUGCAGUCUCUUGGUAAAGUUGCCUCCGCACGGCGUAUGCCACCCCCUGCCAACCUGCCCAGUCUGAAGGCAGAGAACAAAGGCAACGAUCCCAACGUCUCGCUCGUUCCCAAAGACGGUACAGGAUGGGCAAGCAAACAGGAACAAGCGGACCCAAAGAGUACCGAUGCAUCGUCAGCACCGCAGCCGGAAUCGCAGCAGCCUGUGGCUUCACCGACACCUGCACCGACCCGCCCGAGAACCCCUCCAGCUUCAGAGGUUCAGGCCGCGGCUUCAACCCAGGCCGUAGGGGCAAGGUCCUGGGCACAGGCCAGUGUUACACAUGGAACACAAGGGGAUGGUGGAAAGGCAUUAAACCUACCGUCGCCAUUCUCUCGCGAGGAAUUUCCCACCCUGCAGGCGGCUGGCGACCAGGACAAAGCUGGCAGAGAACAGGGCACUGCAGAUCAGUGGUAUGGGCCCGGACCAAGCCUCCGCCCCCAGAACGUUACAAAUUGGCGGGACGGUGGGAGCCGCGCCCUGGCGCCCACCCUGUCUGGGGAGGGGGCAGUGGAGGGUGGCACUGCUGGGGCUCUGCUGAUGGAUGGGGCAGCUGGGGUCGCCCCUCCAAAUUCUCAGUCCCAUGGGCCACCUAGGAACCCUCCCGCAGGCAGCCCCGCCUUGCCCCAGCCACCUGUGGGGCCCGGGUUCCCCCAAUACCGAGGGAUCAUGCCUCCCUUCAUGUAUCCUCCCUACCUGCCCUUCCCGGCUCCUUAUGGCCCUCAGGGGCCCUUCAGGUACCCGGCACCCGGGGAAGGGCCUCCUCCAAGGUUCUCUCGUGGACAGGUUGGUCCUGAAGGCAGGUCUCAGGGCGGCCCACGUGAUGUAGGGGGAGAGGUUGUGAAGCGACCACCUAUCCUAAAGCAGGAUGACCUGAAGGAGUUAGACGAGCUGGACCAUGAUGGAGAUGAGGGCUGGGCAGGGGCUCAUGAGGAGAUUGAUUACUCCGCCAAGUUGAAGUUCAGUGAUGAUGAAGGAGAUGAAGAGGGGGAAGAGGAGAGAACCGAGAGCAAUGAGCAGCAGAGGUCCCAGGAUGCCCCCGCUGCAGCCUCUCGCUCUCGAGCCUCGGACAGCGGCGGAGACACCCGCCGCACUCCUCCCUCUAAUGCUGACAAUGGCCCCCAACCCUCCAGCAAGCCAGGAUGGGCCGAGGAGGGAGGCAGCGGCUGGGGGGGCCAGGGAGCACCAGCCAACUACCAGGGGCGCAGGCCUGGAUUGGGGGGCCCCCGGGAGCAGUCCUCCCCCCCACCAGGGCCGCUCUUUGGACAAGGGCCUUACUCCUUUUACCGACAGGACCGGCCCCAAAAUCAGGGUGCCUCUCAAGGCCCGGCGAAACCUGUCCCCAGCCAGCUUCAGCCAGCACCAGGAGGCCCCUCUCCUCCUGCCCAGCCGGGCCUACUGGUCCCUGGACCCCAGGAGAAUGAUGAGGAUGAGACCUGGCGUCAGCGCAGGAAGCAGUCCUCCACCGAGAUCUCUGCCGCUGUGGAGCGAGCUCGCCGCCGCCGCGAGGAGGAAGAGCGGAGGAUGGAGGAAGAGAGGCGCGCAGCCUGCGCAGAGAAACUAAAGAGGCUGGAUGAGAAGCAGCAACAGCAGCAGGGCAGCAACGUAGGAGGUGGUGGUAGCAGCGGCUGUAAAAGCCCCAGCCCGGAUGGAAACUCUGCAGCUGCCACAGCAGGCAGCCCUAGUCCAUCUAUUUCAGCCUCUGCCUCCUCCCCCAACAUCAGCCAGCCCCCAUCCCCCUGUGUGGACCCUGAAGAGUCUCCACUGCUGGUUCUCCAGCCGGGGUCCAGUCCUGGAGUCGGUGACCGACAGCGAGCCAGCAGCAACAGUAGCUAUGACUCCAGUGCAGAAGGCCAACAGUGUCCCCAGCCGGCCGUGUCACAGCCACAGCAGCCUACGCUGGAGGUACCUUUACCAGGAGAGAAUAAGGAAGAGGCCAUGGGCACACCGCACAUUCGUGCAGGAAGUGGAGGUGAAAGAGGAGUCGACCCAGUGAAGAUUGAGAACAUUGGAGGGGGAGCAGGACGUCAAGCCGGUGGUCCUCCUGGCCAGGGUUACUCAAAGUACCAGAAGUCUCUUCCACCUCGAUUUCAGAGGCAGCAGCAGGAGCAGCUCCUGAAGCAGCAGCAGCAGUGGCAGCAGCAGCAGCAGCAGCAGCAACAACAACAACAACAACAACAACAACAACAACAACAACAGCAGCAGCAGCACAACCAGGCUUCACAGAGCCAGCUGUCCCCCCAGCCUCCACAGGGUCCUUCACCAGGUCCAACACCCCAGCCUGGGCCUGGACCAAAGCAAGGUGGACCCAUGUAUCAACCCAGCAAUAUGGUGCGACCCCCACCACUGCCAAUGAAUUUCGACCCUCGCUGGAUGAUGAUGCCCUACAUGGACCCCCGCAUGAUGCAGGGCCGCCCUCCGCCUAUGGACUACUAUUCAGCAGGCAUGCACCCAUCAGGGCUUAUUGGGCGUGAACGGUCUGAUUCGGGGGGAUCUGGUUCAGACCCCUUUGACAGGCAGCAACAGCACUCAGGUCACCCUCACCGUGGGACCCCCCCUAUGGAUCCUAAGAUGGCCUGGGGGCAGGAGGUAUUCCCUGGCGGAGGGGAGGGCCGUGGGCUAACAUCACCCCUCAGGCAGAAGCAGGCUUUGGAGGAUGACGAUGUGGCCAAAGGGCCCAGGAGUGACACUCCUCCACAACGCAUGCGAGAGGUUGGAUUGGGACCCGUCCAGCAGCCCAGCGCCACCUCUGGGACAUCCAAUCAGACUCCACCUCCAGUCGGAACUCAAGUUGGGGCCCAGGGAGGCGGCCACCCUCAUCACUACAUGAGUGGGCGAGGCAACUUUAACAACUUCCCUGACCAGGGUGCAAGGAUGCAUCCCCACCAGCAGCAGCAGCAGCAGAGGGGGGAGAGGGGAAAUCAGCCGCAUAGCUACACCCACCAGGAUGAAGGUCCUCCUCGAGGGUCUCAGCAGGGACAGAUAUGGGGAGGCCCACACCCUCACUACGAUCGCAACGGUCGUGCCGAUCACCCCCCUGUUGAGAGCAACUCUCAUCUCCAUCACCAUCACGGCCACCACCCUCCGCAGCCUCACUUCUCUCUCCACCCACACAAGCCAGAGAACACCCGAGACAGAGUUGUUGAGGCCCCUGCUAAGAAGACAGACUCUUCUACUGCAACCCACCAACCUUCACUCUCAUCCUCCUGCUCUUCCUCCUCCUCCUCUUCUGCCAGGGAAGAUGGCAAUGUCAAAGUUGCCCUGCAUCAUCACCCAUCCCAGAGAGAGAGUGAAGCUGGUGUCGGGCACAGUCAUGGUGAAAGAGGCAACAGUGGCAGUGCUAGCAGUAGCAGCCAUGCGAAACAGGAGAAAACGGGCCCGGCGUAUGCUCCCCAUUCCGCCAUGACCGCUAGCCCACCUCCUUCUCAACAUGGCAGUCAUUCUCAGCCUCAGCACCAGCAGCAGCAGCAGCACCAGCAGCAGCAGCAGCAGCAGCACCCUCAUCCUAAAUCAAACCAAAGAGGGGGGCGGGAGCACAAGACCGAGACCCAGUGGGGCCCACGGCCUGGCAGCAGCAAUACGGGUGGGGGGUCCUCUCAUGGUAGGAGGGCUAAUACAGGAGGUGGAAACAACUCUCGUGGAGGGGAGGACUCCUCCAACACUCCAUCAGACCACAAACCCUCCCACCAGUCAGGAGGCAGCAACGCCAACAGAAGGGCUGGCCCCAUUAAGAAGCCAGUGCUUAAGGAGAUUAAGAGAGACGGAGGGGAAGCUGAUGGAGGAGAAAAAACAAGCUUUGGGAAAGAUAAAGAGAAAGAUGGUGGCCAACACACCUCCAUGAAGCAGGAAGCCUCCUCCACCUCCCAGAACCCAUCAGCUCCAUCUAAAGAUGAACUGGCCCAGACAGCCAAACCCAGGAAUGCAGGAAAAGAACGAUCCACAGGAGGAGGCGGGGGCGGGUCUGGGAGAGGGCCCAAAGAUGUAGACGCCACUUCUUCAGGAUUUUCAGGGUCCUCCUCCAGGAGAGACAGGGACCGCUCCUUUGAGAGAGGAGGGGGCCCCUCCCACCACCAUGGAGUACCUGCCAAAGGCAGCAGAGCCAGUCGUGGACGAGGGGGAGAGUUCUAUGGGCGUGGCCGUGGUUUCCGUGGCACCUACACCGCAGCUGCUGGCCCCACCGGUGGCAGUCGGGGCCGAAUGGGUGGCAGGAGCGGCAGAGACUACCGCCCAUCUGUUGGCGGUGGCCACCACCAUGAGUCCAAGGGCGAGGGAGCCAGUGGUAGGCAUGGUCAGGAUCGGUCCCAGCAUAACCCAGCCAGGGCCAGGAACCGAAGUGAAACCCGCAGUGAGGGUUCAGAGUACGAGGAGAUCCCUAAGAGAAGGAGGGAGAGAGGUUCAGAGACCGGCAGUGAGAGUGGUGCAAGUGACCUUGGUCCCUCAGACAAGGAAGACCACCAGAAACCCAACACCAAGAAUGGCUCUGAUAAUGCCAACGCCACUGGCGGCGGCGGCAACAUGUCAUCAGCACCUUCUAGAGGUUCCCAGGCCCGGGUCUUCACUCCCAGGGGUGUACCCUCUAGGAGAGGAAGGGGUGGAGGUAGUGGAGGAGGAAACAUGUACAGAAGUGGUGGCAAUGUUGGAGGACCACCUGGUGGACACCGGGCUGGACCCAGCUCAGCAUCUCACAGUGGGUCCUCCAAGUCAUCGGCCUCAGCUCGAAAGCAGCAAGGCCCACCACAAACCUUUGGGCCCAAAGACUUUGGCAGGGGAGGAAAUGGAGGAGAGAAGAAAGACAAGAUGGCUGAUGCAAGUCAAACUCAAAGUCAGGGGUCCAAUCCCCCUCAGCCAUCUUUGCCCGCUGCAGCUCCUGCCUCCUCAGCUUCCACUGAAAAUGGAGGAGUUGUGACCCAGCAAGCUUCGACCAACCCGACACCAAACUCUGGAGGGCCAAAUGCGCUCCCUCUUCCCACUAACCGUGGGUUCCCUCCCAGCGGGUUUGAGCGACCACCUAGACGUCGCCGCCACGGGCGAUCCCAGCAUCAGCAGGAUAAGCCCCCCCGCUUCCGGAGACUGAAGGAGCGAGAGAAUGCCGCACGAAUCAACGGAGGAGUGGGGGUCAUCGGGGGAGGAAGGCCCUCCUCUCCUGCCCUGAAUUCAGUUCAGGACAGUAACGGAGCCCCCGUCUCUGCCCCUGUGACAGGCAAUGCCCAAAAUGCUAACCACAGCACCACACUAACAGCCAACAAUAACAGUGGGGGCGGGCAUCUUAACAAUGCAAAUAGUCACCACCAUCACCACUACAACCAGGGCAACGCUGGGCAGACCCACCCCCAGCACCACCACAGCCAUGGAGCAAAGUCCCCCGACUUCACCAACCAGAACUCGGACCAGGCCAACGAGGAGUGGGAGACCGCCUCCGAGAGCAGCGACUUCACAGAGUUCAGAGACAGGGAGGGAGGAGGAGGAGGUAAAUCCUAUUCUUCUCACCAUCCCCACCACCUGGGAAGGGGUGGAGGCGGUGGCGGAGGCGGAGGUGCGGUCGACCGUGACAUGGCGGGAAAGGAGCCCUUGGCGAAUAAAAGAAGCUUCUCAAGCCAGCGUCCUGGCAUGGAACGACAGAACCGGAGGGUCAACCCUGGAGGAGGUGGAGGGGGUGGAGGGGGAGGAAGAGGCCCACGAGGGCCGCCCGGUGGCGGCGGCUCUGGCGGGCCUGGUAAUGGAGGUGGCAACCGCGGGGACCGGCGUGGCAACUGGCCCUCCCCGAAAAAUAGGAAAUGAUGAAAUAUUUCAAAACAUUUCAGAUGAACCCCACCCACAUUAAAACCACCCUCUUACAUCUAAUCCCUUUUUGAUAAUUACUUCAUGGCUUACCUGUUGGCAUCCCGAAGCAUAUUAGUGCAUUGUACAGUAUAUGGAGAUGGUAUUCAAACUCACUUUAGCCCCCUCACCCCCCUACCUCGGUCAUGUCUUUCCUUUGCAUCAAUCUAUCUACCGUCCGUUAUUGUAAAUUUCUUCGUUUGUUCUGUCUUGCUCUCUGUUCAGUUGUACCCCCUCCCUCCCUCCCUCAAGAAUUUCACCCCAGUUGGAUUUGACAAGCAUGUGGUUCUGCAAAUGGUGCAUGUUGUUUUGUCAGAGGACAUUCACACAAAGCUCCACACACACACACACUC